AUGAACAACAAACGGCAUUCGGAUGAUCCAGAGUCAUCUAGCAGCAAGCGAACUCAAAUGGCUUCAUCUUCAUCAAUCUUGCACUAUUUCAAAACCCAUUAUACGUACCAAACUUUUAACAGCAAAGACUUGCUUCGUUUGUUGAACUGUGAUACACCCGAAACAGCCAAAAAGGAAGCAGAAAACCAAAUGAAUGCUAUUUUCAAUAUCAAGAAUGUAAAAGAUGAAGUCAAAAACUUUGUUUCGUGUUUGUUAGUCGAUGGCUUGAAAUGCUUAUCUAAUCCUGAUGCUGAUUUGUACUGGAAGGAAAAGAAAAGUAUGGCCGCUCUUUUGACCAGUUCUCAUGAACAAUUGCAACUAUAUCAUGGAGUCUCUUCUAGUAUGAUAAACCAGACACUACUGAGUGUUCAGCGUGUUAUUGCUGAAACUAGAUCACUUUCGCCUGCUUCAUCAGUAGAAACAGAAUCUUCACUGGAAAAUAUCUGGAGCAUUUGGAGCAGUAUUCUAUAUGAAAUGUUAACUGAUGACCACAAUGACACAGACAUAAAUCGAUACAGUUUGGAGUACCUGGGAAUUAUAAUUAUGGGAGAGCACAUCGGAAACAAGCAAAGUAGACAACUGUAUCCUAAAAAGCUUGUGUCAAAAACAAACAAGAUCCUACAAGUGCCUGCUGUCGAUGUCUUUCAAAAGUUUGUUUCAUUCUACCCUCCUUUUUUCGAAUCUCUGAUUGUAUCACUUGAUGAAUGUCAUACUUUGUUGUUGAAGAAUAGCUUAAAAGUCAAGAUUACUGCUGAUCCUAAUUUGCAGUUUACCUUCGACUUUUUUAUGAUCUUCAUCACGCAAAUUCUCAAGAAACCGGGUGUCCUGACGAAGCAAGAGACCGUCUACAACUAUCGUGCAAUCUUUCGAUUUCUUGACGCUGUUGUGUCUGCUAUUCCCUCUUGUGUAUUCAUUCCGGGAGAAACUCGUCUACAGGCUAUUUAUAAAGAGCUUGAACGUCAAAAUAUGUCUACAAAGAGCUACUAUAAUGCUGAUGGUAUUAUUUCGGACAGUGAUAGUGGAUUGGAGUUAUGCUUGCUUGAAACAUCUGGCCCAUUCGGUUUAAUCAAUGUCUCUCGAGAAACCACGGAUCAAGUCAAAGCUGCAUAUGGUCUGUUAUCAAUGCUGCAUACUAUCGCCCAUCAAUUCGUUCACGCUGACAUUCAAACGUUCCAAAAGCUGAAGAUCUGUUUCCUACACGCUGCGCAAGACCGCAUCAGGCUCUGGACAUUCUGCCUCCUUGACAAAGAGCUAUAUGUGCUGAAUCGAGUAGACAGCGCUGUUCUCCCCGUAUCGCACUCUGAAGAUUUUCAGAACCAGUUCAUGCAUGUAACCAAUCUUUUUUGGAAAUUGAAGAUGUUACUUGACGGUGCUAAAUCCUCUCUUAAUGAAAUCGAAGCAUCUCAUGCCAAAAAUGAAGCAGCCUACCGUGAUGGCCAUGUUGAUGGUUUGCCAAAACUAGAACAUUAUUUGGUUGAAAACGCUGAAGUUAAGCUUUCAUCGCGUGUUUCACAAGCAUCUGACAUUUAUAUUUCGAGUUCCCCCAUUCGCCCUGAUUCCCCAUGA